UCCUCCUACGUUGGCUCUUGCGGAGGCAUGCUCACUCUCCUGCAACUGGGCGCAGACGUUCACGUGAGAGACUCUACUGGAGCUACAUCCUUGCAUAUGGCGUGCUACGACGUGGAGCCGGAAGCGGUGGACCUGCUGUUGAGAUGGGGGGCGGACGAGACAGUUGUCGACGACGAGGGCCACACUCCCUAUUCGUAUCAUUUUCCAGCCGGCGCCGACGAAGCGGAAUGGGAUGAGGAAAACCGCCGAACAUACAAACGACUGUCUAAGCUGUUGACACAUGCACCGCAAGACAGAUCCUGGCGUCGCCGAGGCUUCCUGGUCAUGUGCCGCACGCAUCAAGACAGGCUGCGGCUCGUAGUGGACGUUCCCGACACGGCAGCUACCGCUAUCCGGCAGACAAGUGAGCCCCCGAGCCGCCAGGCUAGGAGGGGGCAGGUGAAGGUCGAGGUUGAGCUGGGCGGGGCACAUGCGCACGGCAGAGGGGGAGGAGCGGCGGCAGGGAGUGGCACCGCGCGCCUCUAAGAUGUUUUCCGCAGGAUCGUAGGAUUCCUCUAGGACGAGGUAUGUAAGUCUUUUCCGGCGUUGUUGAGUAUUUGGAUGCAUGGUACCGUCCCUGCUCGCAAGCAGAAGUCGUAUACGCGAUACAGGAUUUUGGUGUCGGAAAGGUUCCUUCAGCUCGUGCUACGAUGUCACGAAGGGCAGCGAGCUACCGUGUUGUUUUUUCCUUGCGGCGUGAGCGGGUGGAAACUACAGUCCGAUCUUUUUUUUUUCCUUUCCUGCGUGCAUUUUAUUGUUGGUCUACGACUCGCACAGUAUUGCGCAAAUUUCGCCGUAGGAGGAAAUGGAUUUGAGGAUAACUCUGGGGGCGUCGCACUUUCAGUGACUUUCAGUGAAGAUGUUGGCACUAAUGCAUCCUGUCGUGUACACCUAUGGCGGGACAUUCAGGUUGGGGUAGUGGGUCUACUCGCACCGCUGACUGUCAUGAUCGCGACCGCACGUUCGUCGUAGAAUUUCGACCCAAGCACAGUAAAUUAGUGGGUGUCACGCCCAAUUUCAAGUGUCACCGUACUGCUGCACCGCGUUUUGGGUUUGCAUUUUCUCGUGGCCCGUUUUUGUUUCCAUGACUUGGAUAUGCACUGCUCUUGCGGUUGAUGCACUGCUGUUGUUCCACGGGGGCACCGAAGGACAGUCACUGUUACAAUCACCCGAUUCUAUCCCUGCCCUUGCGGUCGGUUUCUCGCUGUACAAGCACGAGGUAUGAUGGGCACUGACAAAACAUCAGGUUACGAUCAUGCGGUGAAUCAGCAGGUCUCUCUCCUAAGACGGUCUCGUGAUACCCCUCGUGUGUCGCACUGCCCCGCGGGUGGGGCUCUUUUGUAUCUGAACGGCCUCACCGGA